AUGGAAGACCAAAAUAUGGAGGGGAGGGAAUUACGCAUUCCCGUUGUGAUGGUUCUGUUUGUUCUUUUGUGUUAUUGUGGAAUUGGGGGUUUAUUGUUUUGCAAAUGGGAAGGAUGGUCUUACUUUGAGGGUUUCUACUUUUGUUUUAUUACAAUGGCAACAGUCGGAUUUGGAGAUAUUGUUCCAACUCAAUCUUCCACUUAUAUCAUUUUAGCUUACAUAAUAUUUGGCUUAUCAUUAGCAACAAUGUGUAUUGACUUGGCCGGCACAGAAUAUAUCAGAAAAAUUCAUUAUCUCGGCUCGAAGAUGGAAGAUGCCAAAGGUACUGUAAUUACUGGACUUAGGGCUGGAGAGUAUAUUCUUAAACAUAGAGGCAUCGAAGUAAUUAGAACAGCUAGCGGCAAAUUGAUACAAGUUGGUGGGGCAAUGCUAAGUCUUAAACAAGCAAGAGAGUUGGGUGUUAGUUAUGUUCUAUCAGAACUUGAUUUGGACAGUAAAAAUUCAAAAAAUAAAUUGUAUGAUCCUCCUAGUGCUGCUGUACAGAGAUUAUUAAAAGGAAAAAAUAUUAAGGUAAAGUUCAACGGGACUUUUGUGUAA